ACGCAAACUCCGACUCUUCCAGGAGACCCAACGGGGACGGUGAAAUGAAAAUCUUUGUGCAGUCAGAAUUUUACGGAAAUUAUGCGCUUGAGGUGGAAAGCUCUAACACCAUCGAGGAUGUGUUCAUCACUAUUCUUCCUAUUGGGCGGCUAAAGAAAGAUCCGGAACCUGAACUUCAUUUCAAUGGCGAUCUACUGGAGAUAGAGAGAUCUCUGGCCGACUACGGUAUCCAGGAUGGCUCCAUCCUUCACCUUGAGUGCACAAGAUGGUCUUUCCGUACUGCAAAUGAGAGAGAGUGGCCAAAUAAAAUUUUGGGAAGAAAAAAUAUUAUAAUAACUGAUCGGCCUUUAGCAAUAUGGGAAAAGGAGCAUGACAAAAUACUGCUUGGUUUGUUGGUGGAGCAAAUUCGAAGUGGAAAGAAAAAAAUACUAGACUUUGAAAAUGAUUCCUGGCAUGAUGUAGUGGGCAAGUUUAAUAAAGCAACAUGCUUGAAAUAUGAAGACAAACAUUUACAUGAGCGCUUCAAUUUUUACAAAUGUGAAUAUGGAAUACUGCACAACAUCAAGCAUUAUCCAGAGUUUAGUUGGGAUCAUCAACGUCAAGUAGUAAUCGCCACGGAUGCUACAUGGAAUGAAUAUAUUAAGGGAGAUCCCAACGCGAAGCCCUAUCGAAGGAGAGCAGUACCGUAUAUUGAUUUAUUGGAAAUUGUGUUUGGCGAGAAAGAAGAAUGGAAAAUCAUGAUUUCCAAUGAAUGACUCUCUUGAAAAAAUUAUUGUAAUCUAUUCAUUCUCUACCUAUGAGGUCUAAAUAUUUUCACAAUAAUCUUGUCUCUUGACUGAGACAAACAUUGUUAUGUUGUAUUUUUCACUUGCAACUUUUUAUCUGUUUAAAUAUGUGUUGUAUUAG